AUGGGAAACGAACAAUCAACAUCGUCAACAGAAACAGAAAACACAUGUAGGGGACUGGAAAUGAGUUUUCAAGAGUAUUUUGAUCAAAGAUAUCCGAGCAAGGAAAGAAAAGACGUUAGGAUGAUUGAUUUGUGGUUUUCAUUAUCACGACAAGGACUUAACGGUAGUUUAGAUUUAAAGGAAUACGUAAAUUUAGAAGAAUUUCAGAUUUAUAAUACCAAACUAACUGACUUAAAUCUGAGUAAUAAUCAUGGCUUAAAAAAAAUUGUUAUCGACCAAAAUGUUACUGAACUCGAUAUCAAAAUUUUUUCUCACUUGCUUGGUUUGAAGCACUUGUCUUUAAAAAAUAGUAAAUUUUAUGGUGAGUUAAAAGAAUUGAAGCGAUGUGGAAAACUGAAAAAGUUUAAAAUCAAAAAUAAUAGUGGAGUAAAAGAGAUUGACGGCAGAUUAGAAGAUUUGCCAAACAGACUAAUUUGUUUCAAGUGCGACGAAAAGAAGAUAGGAGGUGAAUGGGAUUUGCGGGAUUUUGUGAAUUUGCGGGAACUUGAUUGCCCUCACAAUGAAAUAACGUCUCUGAAUUUGAGUAACUGUCCGAAUUUAGAAAAAUUGAAUUGUGAAGAUAAUAAAAUAGAAAAACUUGACCUAAGUAAAAAUGAGAAGUUGAUUAAACUUAACUGCUCUUCUAAUGAUUUAGAAAAAUUAAAUUUGGAGAAUAAUCCUAAUUUAGAAGUAAUUGAUGUAAAAGCAAAUAAAAUUAAGGCUAAUCUUGAUAUUUUUUCUCAUUUAACCAAAUUGAGGGACUUAGAAAUAGGAAUUAGGGUUCUCAGAACGGGUUAUGCUAUGAUAAGUAAAUUUAUGGUUCGGCAAGACCAACUAUCAACAAACUCGAAUUUUUCUAAUAACAACAAUUUUUCCGGUUCGCUAGCGGCCCUAAGUAAUUGUCGAGACUUGCGAAGGUUGAAUAUCGGUCGACAACCUAACAUUAGAGGAGGCUUAGAAUACCUACCGGCCGAAAAAUUAACUGACUUCAUUUACAAUGACACCGAGUUUGUUGAAGAAUUAAGAGAUUUAAAGCAAAAAGACGUUCAGGCCUGGCAAUUAACUCAUCCUCUCUUAAUGUUGAGAACUCAACCCGAACUAUUUGCUAAUGAUA